AUGACAUCACCAGAUGCCCCUGAACACCAGCCUGCGGCCAUCAACUAUGUCGCAGGCUUCCUUCUUGUAGGCCUCGCGUGGGGCUUCACGACCCCCUUCAUUCGUCGCGCUGCGAAGGACCACAACCCGCCGCCGCACCCCAUCCUCGAGACCGACGCCGUUAAGCGGAGCUGGUUCCGGAGCCGCGUGUACGGUGCCUUCUUCGGCGUCGUCGAUCUGUUGCGCAACCCGCGGUACGCCGUGCCGCUGCUGAUCAACUUGACGGGGAGCGUAUGGUUUUUCCUGCUUAUUGGGCAAGCUGGUAAGCACCCUAACUCUCUCAUUUUUGAAAAGAUGAAAGAGUGCUAA